AACAGGAUAUAGACGCCUUAUCUUUCACGGUGUACAAUGCUAAUCUUAGACGAAUUACACACACACACUGGCAGGGAGUAUGAUGUAUCGAAAUGGCAACCCUUAACAGCACUAUGUCGUAUUGGGUUGGACAUAGGUUUUUUUAAAAGGGGACUCCCAAUAAUUGACCCCUCAAUAAGAGCCAUCCAAGGUUGGAUUACUUGCACCGACUACAUGGUAUGUGAAAUGUCCAUUGCAAUCGUAUGACUCACGGGCGUGUUGGUCCGUUUUGGGUUUCGUCAUCCUCUGAAACGGAUGUGUUUCAAUUGUUCAAGGUCCGCAGGUGGACAUAGCCCAUAGAUAUAGACCGGAACCCCACCGAUACCCCGAUGCCAUUAGUAUUAGUACUUAUUGAUUGAAUUUAAAAUCUGCUGCUCUAUUACCACUCUACUAGCCACUCAUUGCCAGGUCCGGCGGGUCGGGGAGUCAUGUUAAACGGUUGAUUGAUGAGUGGUGUCGUCCAGCAUUAAUGAUCUAGAUUAGUGCAACAUGCAUGAUAGCCGGACGUAGAAAUAGCUAUAGGACCGCCUCAAAUACCUCACACUAACCUCCCGUAGGACAGCGUUCUGCUGUAUGCAGCAUUUCAAUGUCAACGUGAAAAAUGAUGGAUAUUGGAGUAUUUGUGCUAUUGACAAAUUGAACCCAUCGCGUACCGUAUGAUUACAGAGAGCUCUAGUUAAAGGUUGUCGGAUCUUGUCCAGUUAUUAUGGAGACAAACUUAAUCGAUAUUGAUAAUCGAACGAUGAAAACAAAACGUUAUCGUUUUGUAAAGUUCCGCUUAGUCACCAAGAAGCUUUUUGAUAUUUUUAGAUAUUGGGGAUUGGGUGAUUUUCCUCCGACGCCCGAAUGUACUAGGCAUAUGAAGAAUUUAUAUUUGAAAUGCUAUUGUAAAAAGAAAAUAUUCUGAGAAGAUAUUCUUCUUCUUUUGGCUCAACAACCGUUGUCGGUCAUGGCCUGCUUGUACCACUUAUGGGGUUGGCUUUUCAGUGACUUUUGGAUUACCACCCAUAGCAGGAUAGUCAGUCCUACGUACGGCGGCACGGUCUAUUUGGGGCUUGAACCAAUAUCUGAGAAGAUAUUACUCUCUAAACAAAGUUCAAUCCCAUUUCUAUGGAACUGAACGAUAAUAAUGGCGUUGAGAUUAGAAUUGGUGCUAAAAUAAGAAUAACCUUCAUUGAAAUGUCGUUUCUAGUAAAUAUUUUACAUCAAGCAGAGAUUAGAGGUCCAGAAAUGGAAUUUUGGGGCGUUUUUUUCAAUUACAUGUACUACACAACAACCCAAAGUAUGUCCUUAAAUGCAUAAAACGGCAGGUAAUUGAACGUCCCCAAUGAAUUAUCACAAAUUCCAGAUGGUUAAACUAUUUAAAUAUAAUUUGAUAUUGUUACUCCAUUUCUGAACGAUAAUUUAUGUGAAAUUAUCAGGGCAAUAGCAGUAAAACUCGUUAAGAGCGUUCAAUUUACAAGGAUAUGUAUCCGCAGUGGCGUAUUAACACGAUUGGAUGUCCUAAGCGUUCACACGAAUGUAAGGCCUUCUGAAGUGACGAGCGAGAAUUUAUAUCCGCACGGCCGCUUUGUUUGCGUACCGCUUAAACCACCCCUGUGUAUCCGUUGAGGAAUUGAAUGAUCUUUCAUUUAUUGCAAAAUGAAAUUAUAUAUUUUUUUAAUUAAUUAUUGUACUUUUAGCAUUUUUUUUUUGACGAUACAGCAAUACAAUUGUUUGAAUUUUAAUGCCUCAAAUCUGGCUUUCAGGCGAAAACCUCUCCGAAUUGUAGCACAGGCAUGAAAUGUAUUGCAGAACAUACAUAAGAUGGUAAAAAUGAGCGUGUACUGCUCAGUUUUUACCAGCGAAUGUCCGAGAUACGCAGUUCGUACGUUUAUCUACGAAUAGUGAAAUGUUGCCAGUCGUAUAGAGGAGCUAGCGAAGGAAUGAUUUAAACCAUUAUCGGCCGUGUUUUGAAAUUAAUGAACAUCCCAAGUAUAAUUGGUAGCUGUGCUGGCUUGAACAUGAAUUGCUACAUGAACGGACCAAGUUCAAAUCCCAUAUACGUUUGAAUCGUAAAGAUGAAGAGAAAGUACUUAUGUGUACGGAGUUGAAGAUGUUUUAAUUCAUCACAUAUCAAUGCAGCUUUAUAAAAUUUAACUCAAUAUGAUCCUUUAAGGGACCUCAUUAGCGCGCCAUAUGUGAUUCUGGAAUGCUCCUGUGGCAACUUCACCCAAUUCUGCGUUGCCCCAUAGAUGAUUCACAUCCUUGGUAAUCGUUUUCAUAUCGCGCUUGGCAAUUCUUGGAAUCACAAAAAACAAAAACUCAAAAAAACAUGAAAAAUGGGUUCCUACUAAAACAUGUUCUUACGCAUCCAACUCACUCUACGCGAACCGAUUUUACGCAAUGAACCAAGUGAAGCAACAAGAAGGAAAAUUGUUCUACAGAGGAACAACACACAACAGAAGAAGAAGUAAAAAAAAACAAAUUGCUUUAACGAUCGUUUUAGCCUCUGACCUUAAACGAUUACUUAUGUGUGUGCCGUGUGUACCGGUGUGUAAAAGUUGAAGUUGCCUGACGGCGGCAGCGGCGGCAGUGGUUUUCUCGCAAUCGAUCCGAAACUUUGCAACCGAAAGGUCAACCCUACCGCCAGGUCGGAUGCUUGCACCAAACACUACUGGCCCACUGUUGGCACUACGGCAAAACGGCUAGUAGUAGUAAUGGGUGGUCGUAAGACGGUUCUUCCCAUCCAUUCCCCCGUUUCUUGCGGGGCACAAUGGCGCGAUAAUUAUUGUCGAUAAAAAUCACCUCCCCCCCGUUCCUUUUACCCUCUUCUUGCUUGUUAUAGGAACUAUCCCCUCCCCCCCACACACUCUCCAUAAUGGAACCCUUCUUGCCUUGCCCACGCACGGAAAGGUGUUUGAAAAAGUUCGAGAAAUAUCCAUUACCUUUAGAAGGGGUUGAGAAUAGUUAACGACGAAGGGUACACAUGGGUUGAAGUAGAAACAAAAGGCUCGAAUCCACAAAUCCUUAUGGUGCUCGUUCGGAUAAACAUCAUCCCCCAUUGUGGCGAGGCGAUUGUACUGAAAACAAAAUCUUUGUAUAAUGUGGAACAGCCAGAACCUAUUUAACCAUCAUCAAUUUACAGCAGUUGGCAAUCUACCCUUCAGAUGGACAUCCGGCGAGUCGAAAGCGGAAGGAGUUAUAAAAGCCAUACAGGAAAGCAUGUUCGUCCUGUCGACCCUGUUUUCCAGAUCGCGCGGCAGCAGUAGGAUGGACCGGUACGAGAAGCUAAGCCGGCUCGGCGAAGGAUCGUACGGGGUGGUGUACAAGUGCCGGGACCGCGAGACGGGGUCGCUCGUCGCGGUCAAGCGCUUCGUCGAGUCGGAGGACGAUCCGGCCAUACGCAAGAUCGCGCUGCGGGAGAUACGCCUGCUGAAGAACCUGAAGCACCCGAACCUGGUCUGCCUGCUGGAGGUGUUCCGGCGGAAGCGUCGCCUUCAUCUGGUGUUUGAGUUUUGCGAACACACCGUCCUGCACGAGCUGGAGCGACAUCCGGAGGGCUGUCCAGAUAAUCUAACCAAGCAGAUCACGUACCAAACCAUCCAGGGUGUUGCCUACUGUCACAAGCAGGGUUGUCUGCACCGGGACAUCAAGCCGGAAAACAUUCUGCUCACGGCACAGGGGCAGGUGAAGCUGUGCGAUUUCGGUUUCGCUCGAAUGCUUAGCCCCGGUGAAAAUUAUACAGACUAUGUAGCAACGCGAUGGUACCGAGCGCCGGAACUGCUGGUCGGCGACACACAGUACGGUACGCCGGUGGACGUGUGGGCCAUCGGGUGUGUGUUUGCCGAGCUGGUGCGCGGUGAUGCCCUCUGGCCCGGCCGCAGCGACGUCGAUCAGCUCUACCUGAUACGGCGCACACUCGGCGAUCUACUACCUCGGCAUCUGGCCAUCUUCAAUCAGAAUGAGUUCUUCAAGGGUAUAACGCUUCCCGUGCCACCGACACUGGAAACGCUCGAAGCCAAGAUGCCAUCCCGUACCUUAGCCAAUCCGUUGAUGAUGGAUUUUCUUAAGAAAUGCUUGGACAAGGAUCCCGCCAAACGCUGGUCCUGCGAGCGGUUGGCCACGCAUCCGUACUUCGAAGACUACAUCACCAAGCAGAAGGAGAUCGAGCAGACGAUUACGCUCGAGCAGAAGCAGACGGGCACGCGGGAACUGAAGCCGAAAACUUCGAACACCUCGCUACCGCAGCUACCCGGCACGCAGGAGUCGCGCGUCCCGCAGAAGAAUCUGUUCCUGCGCUCCGACCACCACUUGCCAACCAUCUAAAGCGAGGGGUGUGCAUUCGAACAAGUGGGGGAAGGGGGAGUGGGGUUUUUUUCUCUCUUUUUUGUGCUGGAAUUUUCUACCCGGUUCAAUGCAAACGCCAACCUGUUUUCCCAGCUGCGGUGAUAAACAUGUCGGGGGCUUCUUCACAUUACUAUGUUGUGACCAGCGUAGAAAUUGACACCCUUUUAUUCUUAGCAGCAGCAUGAAGCGUUUGCGUGUCAGUUACAUCUUCGUUUUGUUAUGCAGCCCACUCUUUUUUGUUUCUAACUUAACAGGUUCAGCCCAACAUCUCGACAGAACUGAAAAAAACAAAGCAAAAUCUAAUUAAAAUUAUAUACAUGAAGUAAACUGUAUCAUCAAUAUAUGAAUGAAACUAUAACAAA